ACCACCAAAGGGAAGCAUCUAUCUAUUUCAACUCAUUCUCCUGAGAGAUUUUAAAUUUAUUUUGAAGAUUUUCUUUGAAUAUUAGGAUAGAUUUCACUAAUUUUACUUGAUUUCUUUUAAUUUCAUUGCAUUUGAUGAGACCCAUUUGGGGUUUGACUGGCCUUGUUGGCGACAAAUCUGCUGUUUAACCCCAAUCUUGAUCCCUGCCCAUCUACAUCAAGCAGCAGCAAAUAAAACUGAGGAAUUAAAAUCAUCAACUUUAUGGCAAUGCCAAGUACUAGUACUGCAACUUUUAUUUUCCCUCAACUUCUGGAAAGGGGCAAUUAUAAGAGUUGGAGCAUUUUCAUGGAAGACUAUUUGAUUUCUCAAGAGCUUUGGGAUGGUAUUAUUGUUUCAUUUGUAUUAACCGCUGAUCAUCCGCUGCUUAGUGAAUCUGAGUGGAGAAAAAGGAAUGCCAACGCUCUAAAUGCAAUUAAGAUUUCAUGUGGACCAGAAAGCUUUGUUCUUAUAAGGUAUACCCAUUCAGCAAAGGAUGCUUUAGAUAUGUUAGCCGAAAUGCAUAAAACAGAGCCUGAAACUAAUGGAAGCACCCCAAAGAUGAAUGUGGCAAUGGCUAGUAUGAUUGUCCCCGAACUUCUAGAAAGAGGCAACUAUAAGAGAUGGAGUAUCUUCAUGAAAAACUACUUAGUUUCUCAAGAUCUUUGGGUGGUUACUCAACGCUUCUUCAAUCCUCUUGGAAUUUCGAAAAGGGAGUGGAGAAGAAAGGACGCUGCUGCUCUGCAUGCAAUUCAGAUUUCAUGCGGAGCAGAAAAAUUUAAUCGGAUAAAGAAUUGCUAUGGUGCAGUAGAUGCUUGGCAUAAGUUGAAAAGACUAAACGCUAAAGAGAAAUCAAAAAUAGAUAAUUCAGAAGAAGAAAAAGAAGAAGAAGAAGAAGAAGAAGAAGAAGAAGAAGAAGAAGAAGAAGGAGGAGAAGAAGAAGAUGAUGAUGAUGAUGAUGAUGAAGAUGAUGAAACUUCAAAGAUUACUGCUGCGAAUAUGAUUGUCCCUGAACUUCUAGAAAGUGGCAACUAUGAGAGCUGGCGCUUUUACAUGAAAUGCUAUUUAGUUUCUCAGGAUCUUUGGGAUGUUGUUACACUGGUACCUGAUUCUGGAGUUUCUAUAAAGGAGUGGAUUAAAAAAGAUGCUUCCGCUCUGCAUGCAAUUCAAAUUUCAUGUGGAGCAAGAAAAUUGAGGGAGGUAAGGUAUGCUAAUUCCGCCAAAAAUGCUUGGAAUACUUUGGAGUCAGCCGCCAAAAAAGAGUGGUCGCCAAUUGAUAAGCGUGAUAUUGCUGAUUUGUUUCGAUUGGUAGGUCUGCCACCUCUUUCUCUGUCUCAUCCUUUGAUUUUCGCGGCUAUGUUUUGGUUUCUACGUAGCUCUAGGCUUACUUAUAUUAGCCAUUAAAGAAAGACAUAUACCUCUUUUCGCAAAAUAUUACUGUAGUUAUUUUUUUAUUUUCUUUUAAUAUUAGAAAUAAUUUAUUUUUUAUUUA